AACAAGGAUGUUGAUCUGUUUAGUUAUCUGGAAAAAGACAUUUUACAAUUCUCAUUGAAAGGUGAUGUUCUUCUCGUAGGGGAUUUCAAUGCUAGAAUUGGUAGCCUUGAUGAUAGAAUUGAUGAUAGCAAAAAUAUGCAUCUACCCUUACCAUCCUACUAUAUUAAUGACAAUCUUGGCAACAGAAAUACUAUGGUUGUUAAUUCAUCAUGCUGUAUUAACAAAUUUGGUAAAAAAAUAAUUCAGUUGUGUAUUGAUUGCAACCUCAUCAUUCUGAAUGGUAGAACUAUUGGUGACUCUACAGGAAAAUACACAUGUCACACUCCCCAGGGUAGCAGUACAAUCGAUUACGGGAUAACUUCAAAGAAUUUAUGCGACUCAUUACAAUAUUUUAAAGUAGCAGAUUUGUCUCAUUUAUCAGACCACUGUGCUUUAACUUUAUCUACGAAGAUUAAUAUUAACAUGUGUCUAAAUGAAAAUAAUAAAAGCAAUGAUAAAUUAGAUCCUUUACCAUCAAAAUAUAUGUGGAAUGACCAGGCUAAGGACAAUUAUCAAACAAACCUUGAAAAGUUAAAUAAUAAUGAAAUUAAGAAUUUUAUGAGCAAACCUUAUAGCAUUUAUGAGUCAGAAACUGCAGUCACAGAUUUUGAAAAUUUAAUUACAAAUAUUGCAGACAAAUGUCUAAAGAAAAUUACUCCUAAACUUAAAAAAAAUAAACGCAAAAGUAAACAAAAAAACUGGUUUGACCAGGAUUGUUGGUCCCUUCGUAAGGAGUUAAGGAGCCUAUCACGUUUAUUACAAAAGUAUCCUCAAGAUCCAUAUAUCCGAGGGAAAUUCUUUCAAACCCGUAAACAGUAUAAAAAACUAAUCAAACAUAAAAGUAAUCAGAAAAUGAUUGCACAACUCAAAGAAUUGGAAAAUUCUAAAUCAGACACAUCUAAAUUUUGGAAGAUUCUUCGUGAAAUGAAUGGCGAGAACCCCAGUAAUAAUAACGGGAAUGUUCAACCUGGUGAUUGGUUGGUUUACUUUAAGACCCUACUUAAUACUGAUAGCAGUACAUCAAACUCUGAGAUUGCGAAUGAACUGGAGAAUAGUGAAAAGAGUGCAAGUAGCAACCCCUAUUUAGACAGACCAAUCUUAAAAAAUGAAAUAACUAAAGCCAUUAGACUUCUUAAAAGUAACAAGGCUUCGGCAGAAGAUAGAAUUUGCAAUGAAUUGUUAAAAUACGGUGAACAUCACUUAUUAGAUGCAAUACAUAAACUCUUUAAUAUUGUUUAUAGUUCAAAUAACUAUCCACAUUCUUGGAGCACUGGCCUGUUGGUACCAAUCCACAAAUCUGGGUCGAAAAAUAACCCGGCCAACUACAGGGGAAUUGCCAUCUCUAGCUGUCUUGGCAAGUUAUUCAAUAGUAUUCUAAAUAUUAGGCUGACAUCAUUUUUAGACUCUAAUAACAUUCUUUCCGGUCGACAGUUCGGAUUCAGGCAUGAUUGUCGAACUACAGACAAUCUUUUCAUACUAAAAACCCUGGUAAAUAAAUAUCUCUACAGUG